AUGACGAUGAUGCUCGACGUUUUCGUCCACCGGGUUCAAACUAUCUUCCUCCAAAUCGCGUUCGUCGCGUUUGCCUCGAUCGCCAUUUUUUCUUGGCUUUGUCUCGGAGUGUUCGCUAUAUGCGUUGAAAAUUUCAAACCGUUUUUACGCUUUGUUUUCGACGCGUGCGUGAACGGUCUGUGGAGGAUGUGGAGACUGGUUUUUGAAAGCGCGGUAACGUCUGUUCGUUUUCUUCUCUUCUUUGGAAGAAGGCGAGAAGAAGAAGUUAAAGAAGAAGAAGAAGAAGACGAAGAAGAAACACCAGAACAACAACAAAAACGAAGCUCUUCUUCCAAAACCGAAAACAUACAUCUUUUAAAGGCUCCUCUCGAGAAACUUUUGCAAACGCACCCGGAGAUAUUCUCGUUCCACAUAUCACCGCAUUUGGAUAAAAACAUCUCCAAUUUCGCGGCGUGUUCUCGCGAGUGCUUUGAAGCGUCGAUUAAAGCCAAAUCGAGACUGCCUACGUUACCGGAGGAGAUAUCUAACAUUCGAACGGUCCAGAUGUGCAAACUGGCUCUCGAUCGAGGCUUGGACGUGAAUAACAGACAGAACAUUCACGCUUUAAUUCGAGGAAACGGGGCUAAUUCACUUAAAAAUCCAAACGCAACGAUUGCGAUAAUUCGUCAUCUCGUUCGAGAGAGACCGAUCGUGAAAGAGAAGAUUUUGAAACGCGACCCAGAGUGCGUUCGAAACGCGGCGUAUAAUCACACCGAUAAAGUGGUGAAGUAUUUAGUCGAACAGUGUGAGGCAAAAUUUGACGAAUCCGCGUGUUUGUGGGCAUCUUUGUUGGGAAACAUCAAAGCGUUGAGGUAUUUGAGGGAGGUGAAGAACUGUCCGUGGAAUAAAGUCGAUUGUAUGCGCGCCGCGUACGGGUGCGAAGACGCUUACAAACGAAGAAAGAUUUGCGAAUGGAUCGAGAAACAACCAUAUAAUUCUCGCGUUUGA